ACGUCAGUUGUUUCUAUAAAGUUACAGACAUCUGUCUACCACAGAACAUUCCAAUCCUCCGCAAGCUCAUAUUUUUAUGCAUAAGUUCUAGCAAUUGUCGUGUGUUGUCAUUAGUAGUGUCACAGCGUUGUAAGAGGCGACUUUGAUCACAAUUUCAAGUACUUUCGAUACUAGCUGACGAAAUAAAAAAAAAAUAAAACUAAACGUGGCAACAGAAAUGGAACCUAUUUGUGUAAAAUCAUUUUAUGGCAAGAAAGAACUAAAUAAUGUUCAAAUUAGAGACAUUUCUGGGUAUGACUCUGAAGAUUCCAUUAUAGAAUCCGAGAGUGAAGAUGAUGAAGUGGUACAUAUUUUAGAAAAUGUUUGUUCGGAAGACGUGAGUGUGGGAGAUAUGGAAGACAAUAACGAGCAUCAGGAAGAUGAUAAUGAAAAAGAGGAUGGCAGUGACAACGAAAAUGACGUGCCCAAUCCUCAGGAUAUCACAUGGAAACGAAUUACCAGUCGUUCUGCACAGCCUAUUCGACCUUGGAAAGGUAGUUUACCGCCAGAACCUGAAAAUCCGUAUACGCUGUGAGCUCGUACGUAGAGGGGAUAUUUACAAAUUCGCGAACGCCAGUAGUGACAAGUUUGUAAACGUUUACCGGAAAUUUGACAUAAAUGUCAAAGUGAUUAAUUUAAAAUUAAAAUUAAAAACAUUAAUUAUAAACAAUAUUAGUUGGUCAAAGCUGUGGUAUAUAUUUUUACCUUAAAUAUACUAACGUUUUAAAUACUGAAUUUAAGUUUUUUUAAUGUUCCGUAAUAUCUAAUUAUAAAUAAUCUAUUAUAAUCUUAGCGCCAUCUACACUAUUAUUGUCAAAGUAUCCGAAGUAAGAAAUUGAUAUUUUAUCAAUAGAACGUCAAAAUGAUUAGAAAAAUCUUAAAAAAAUCGAUUACAAUUUAAUUACUUUUUUGCGUUGUAAAUAUUAAGCGAUAACAAUUAAAUAAUAAAUUUAAAAAUUACCGGUAAAAGUUGAAUUAGUAACCGCUAGGAGCGACACCAGCGAAGCUCAGAGCGUAUACUCCAAUCAAGUAUUUUAGAACACUGACAGAUGACAAUAUAUUGGACAAUAUUGUUUAUCAAACAAAUCUCUAUUCUACCCAAAAGAACACAGAAAAAUCUUUAAAUGUGGACAAGAACGAAAUAGAAUAGUUUUUCGGUGUAUGUUUGUUCAUGUCAGUGUAUGGUUUACCCUCAACGAGAAUGUACUGGAAAGCGUCUACUCGAAUUCCAGUUGUUGCAGAAACUAUGAGUCGGAAUCGUUGGGAGCAAAUAAAAAACAAUAUCCACUUCAAUGAAAAUAGUCAGAUAAUUCCCGGAGAUAAGUUGUACAAAAUCAAACCGCUUUUAGAACCAGUUAUAGCAAAUUUUCAGAAAAUUCCAAUGACAGAAAAACUAUCCGUGGAUGAACAAGUUAUUCCUUUCAAAGGAAAACAUAGUCCAAAAAUGUAUAUAAAAAACAAACCAAAAAAGUGGGGCUAUAAAGCGUUUCUCCUAUGUGAUACCAACGGAAUUGUAUAUAAUUUUGAACUCUAUACUGGUAGAGAAGAGCAUCCAGAAUAUUUACCAAAUGUUGGAGUCAGCGGAAAUUAGGUUAUUAGAUUGGCCACAAUAAUUCCAAGAAAUUCUUACCAUAAGAUAUAUUUUGAUAACUGGUUUACAAGUAUGCAAUUGCAAAUUGAACUGGACAAGUUGGGUAUUCCUUCUGUAGGUACGGUGCGUCCUAACAGAUUGAAAGGAUGUAAUUUCUCUACCGACAAAGAUAUGAAAAAGAAAGGAAGGGGCAGUUUCGAAGAACUUGUUUACAAGAAAGAAGGUAUAACCCUUAGAGCAGUCAAAUGGUACGACAACAAGCCAGUGCAUUUACUGAGUUCGUUUGUAGGCACGUAUCCUACAAGUCAAGUACAAAGAUGGGACAAAGCAAAGAAAGAAACCAUUCUUGUGGAAUGUCCUAAUAUUGUAACGUUUUACAAUAAAUGUAUGGGCGGAGUGGACUUAAUGGACUCGUUGAUGGCUUUGUAUAGAACUAAGAUUCGUUCUAAAAAGUGGUACCUCCGCAUUGUGUUCCAUAUAUUUUUCUUGGCAGUUGUGAAUGCUUGGUUACUUUAUAGAAGAGACACCCAGUUACUUGGUGUAAGAAAAGACGAUGAACUAAGUCUUUUAGAUUUCAAAGCAUCUAUUGCCGCUUGUCUUUGUCAAGAGGGUAAAGAGAGGCUCGAGAAGAGAGGAAGGCCCAGUCUAUCUAUAAUAGAACAAGAAAUAGAGCAGAAAAGGAAAAGAGGACUUAUCGCUACUCUACCGUAGAAAAACAUACGGAAAGAUGGAAUAGGCCAUUGGCCUAAAUUUUCAGAAAAGCGUGGUCGUUGCAAGAAACCGAGAUGUCUAGACGUGCCAAAAGUGUUAUGUGAAAAAUGUAAUGUAAAUUUGUGCUUUACGCCUAAUUCUAAUUGCUUUGUGGACUUUCAUAAAAAUUAACUUUUUUUCCCAUUCUAA